AUGAAAUUAGCGAUUUUUGUUUGCGUUAUCUUGAUAUCUUCUAUCGUGUUUUUUGAAAUUUCCGGAGAAGAUUUAAAAAAGCCGACAAUUUUAAUAACAAUUUUAGUACGUAACAAAGCACAUACAUUACCAUAUUUCUUAACUUUUUUGGAGCAACUGAUUUACCCAAAAGAACGAGUACAUCUUUGAGAUAUUGACACUAUGGUUGAAUAAUGAAAGUAACAAGUAUCACGGAGUUGAAGUAAAUUUUGACGAAGGAUCCAGUGGAUUUAAAGACGAGAAUGGAAUUGCUCAUUGGUCGACGCAAAGAUUUUUACAUAUAAUAAAUUUACGCGAAAAAGCACUCGACGCGGGAAGAAAUAUUUGGGCAGACUUUGUUUGGAUGCUUGAUGCAGAUGUUUUCCUAACAAACCCGAAUAUUCUUAACGAAUUGAUCUCGAAAAAUGAAACUGUAGUUGCUCCGUUGUUAAAAUCCGAUGGCUUGUAUAGUAAUUUUUGGGCCGGCAUGACCGAUGAUUUCUACUAUUUACGAACAGAAAAGUAUGAACCGAUAUUGUUUCGGGAAGUAAAAGGAUGUUUCAACGUGCCUAUGAUUCAUAGUGCCGUUCUUAUAGAUUUAAGAAAACAUACCUCAGAUAAUCUGACAUACGAACCAAAAAAUCUGAACCAGUACAACGGUCCUAUCGACGACAUUAUAACUUUUGCCGUCAGUGCUAAUAAUUCUGUUUCUUUCCUUUCUUCUAUUCAUGCUGUAGAUGUGCCGCUAUUUAUUUGCAACGAUAAUAUUUAUGGGUUCAUCAUGGUUCCAUUGGAAGAAGAAGAAGCUAUUACCGAAGAUUUACAAAGGCUGACUAAUAUUAAAAUAGAAAUAUUAUCUGACAAUAAUUAUCUUCCAUUGUCAAUGCAUCUUGAACAAUUUGUACAAUAUCCUACCAUGGAUAGAUUGCAAGUGGAUGAAAUUUAUAUGAUAAAUCUUUUAAGAAGACCAGAAAGACGCGACAGAAUGCACAACAUUUUUAAAGAACUUGGAAUUCAAGCAGAAACUAUUGAUGCUGUUGAUGGUAGGUGGUCAAAAACGAUUUCAAAAAUAUUAUCGUCUUGGAAGAUGACGUUCGUUUCGAACCGUUCUUCAAUCAAAAAGUAAACUAUAUUUUAAAAGAAUUGGAAGAUCUCCAGCUUGAAUGGGAUUUGAUUUAUCUGGGAAGAAAAAGAUUAACAGAAAAUGCCGAACCUUGGAUCAGUGGAUCGAAAUAUUUGGUACGAGCUAGCUAUAGUUACUGGACGUUAGGAUACAUCCUGUCUGCAAGUGGUGCAAAAAAACUACUAGACGCAAUGCCAUUAAAACAAUUAAUUCCUGUCGAUGAAUAUCUUCCUAUAUUAUCUGAUGUUCAUCCUAGGAAUGAUUGGAAAGUGUACUAUCCAAACCGAAAUUUAAUAAUGCUUUCCGCACAUCCUUUAUUAAUUUAUCCAACUCAUUACACCGGUGAACAAGGAUACGUCAGUGAUACAGAAAACUCUACAAUUGCAUUUAACGAUCAAAAUAUAGAUAAAUUGGAACGCGAAGAUCUAUGA